AUGUUAUCCAUGAAGAAUAACGAGAUGACGGCUGCUUUAUCUGCAUUGACAGAAAAUGAGGACGGCAAAAACAAGGUUAUCGACGUCAACUCAAUGAUGACUGCACUUGAGGACUACCUCAAAAAAGCGGAGGAAGGUACCUCUGGUGUCCCGUUGAACUACUACUUGAAGGAUAUUAAUAAGAGCAUGUUGGCUGAGAUGUGGACAGCCAAAUACUACCCAGGCAAAUACCUGGCUAUUGCUUACGAUGAUGGUGCGCCAACGGAAUCAGCAAGUAAACUAACAGCUGAGAGUGCCGACGCGGCUAAGUCCUAG